UUCGAGGAUGGAGAUGAACGGACAUUCCCGGAGGAGUUUGAGGAUGUCACGGAGCUUGCGGGGACACGGUCCAACCGGGGUAAGUUGGUGGCCCUCCGAGCGCUUGUCAAAGCUCGAGCACUGGAGAAGUUGGAUGCGGCGCAAAGAGUCUCAGAGAACGUGGUGUGGGCCGCCGAAUUGGAUACUCUGAUCGUGGAUUUUUUGUAG